AUGACUUCCAUGGCUUCUUCUUCUGCUACACUCUUCAUCUGCUUUAAUAUCCUCUUCGUUUUGUUAUUAAGCAAUAGGAUCACCUGUGAAGCUGCCAAUCAAGACGCAAAGACCGAACUAGCUUCGACCACUAAUCCGGAGCUAACUUUUGUUUCAACACCAUUCACUAAUCAAGAGUCAACUUUUGAUUCAACAACUGAUCCAGUACCAACAUAUAUUCUAGCAGAAGCUACUGAUCCAGAGCCAACACUUAAUCCAACCCCGACCACUAAUCUAGAGUCAACUUCCGAUCCAACACUAGCAAUAGGUUCACAACCAACUUCUGAUCUAGCACCGGUCACUACUCCACAAACAACACCUAAGCCUACCUCGAUCCCUAAUGCGGAGCCAAUUUUUUAUUCAACACCACUCAUUAAUGAAGAGCCAAUUUCUAAUCCAAUGCCAAAAAUUGAUCCACAACCAACUUCUGAUCCAACACUAGCAACUGAUCCACAACCAACUUUUGAUCCCAUACCAGCCAUUGAUCUAGAGCUAACACCUAAUCUAGUCUCGGUCACUAAUCUAGAGCCAACUUUCGAUUCGACACCAGCAACUGAUAAUCUAGCAAUGACCGCUAAUCUAGAGUCAACUUCUAGUUCAACACCACCUACUAAUCAGGAGACAACUUUUGAUCCAACACCAGCAACUGAUCCACAGCCAAGUGAUCCAACACCAGCAACUGAUCCACAGCCAAGUGAUCCAACACCAACCACUGAUCCACAGCCAAUAAUUCAACACCAAAAUCUACUGCACCUGCACCGGUAUCUGGUGGUAGCUGCUCCAUAAAUCCUAUAAGAAUAGCGUAUUGCAUUCGUUUUCUGAGAUUUCCAAUUUUUUUUAGCAGCAAACCAUGUUGUGAAACUCUUUCAAGCUUUCUUCAAAAUGGUGCUAAUGGCUGUUUUUGCCCUGUAAUGAAAUCUAUUGGGCUUGGUAUGAACGCGGGUCGAGCCAAAUCUGACACUGCAGAUAUUGCCUAACAGAUGCGGCAUGAGAAGCACUGUCAGUAGUAUUCAAUGCACAUGAACCAAAAAAACUUUCAUGAUUUCGUUCUCUAUGUUUCAUUUCAUAAUAAGACCUGGAUAAAUAAUGAAUCAUGGCACGUCGUCAACUAUGUAAGACUAUCCAUGAAAGAUUGUAUCGUCAAUAAUUGUUGCCCUCAAAGUAUUAUUACUGUUUGGUCGUCUUCCAUUUAAGAUGAUAAUAUACAGUUAUUAUUGUCCUU